AUGCUGGCUCCGCACGUAUUACAGUGGGGCCACCGCUGCCUCAGCGGGCCUAUCUCUCGCUGCAGAGCCGCAGCAGCAGCAGCAACUGCAGCAGCAACUGCAGCAGCAACGACCGAAACGGCAGCAGCAACAGCAGCAGCAGCAGGGGCCCCGCUACGUGAAAGUCGGGGGCGGUGGCUGCGUGCUGCAGGAGUGCCUGCUGCACCUGCUGCUGGGUCAGCAGCAGCAUCAGCAGCAGCAGCAGCAGCAGUCUUCUUCAGGCGCACGGUGCAUGCAGCAGCAGCUGCUGGGGGGGCAGCAAAUGCUGCGGCAGCAACCCAUGCUGCAGCAGCAGCAGGAUCAGACUGCAGCAGCAGAAAACGCCUCACAGUUGCUGCUGCAUCUCGGCAGCUUGCGGCGGAAGUGCCGCUGCAGCUGCUGCGGGCUGCAGCAGCACCAGCAGCAGACGCAGAAGCAGCACCAGAUGCAGCAGCAGCAGCAGAAGACAUAGCAGCCGCAGACUGGUGCCCGCUGCGGGCCCUGUGGAGGCGCUGUGUGCAAGAGCAGCAGCAGCAGCGACAGCAGCAGCAGCAGCAGCAGCAGCUGGAGCUGGGCGAGAGCGAGGAUCCUCUGACGCUGGAACAUAUCUGUCUUCUUCUUGAGGGCUGCCUGGCAAUUGGCCUGCGCGAGUUUACUGUUCUUGGGGGCCUUCUCAGCCUGGGCCGUUCUGCUGCAGCAGCAGCAGCAGAGCCUGAGUCUCUGCUGCAGCAGCUGCCACGAGUGAGUAAAGCUGUCCGCCGUUUGGCUUUUCUCCAUUUUGAUUUUUUCGAAGAUGCACAAACCGCGCUGCAGCAAAUAGGGCCUGAGAAGGCGGCCGCCCUUUGGGAUAUUUGGGACCUCUGCAAUGUUGCUGAGGCCUUUGCGCAGCAGCGAAUGCCAUCUGCUGCUGUUGCUGCUGCUGCUGCAGCACUGUUUCAGCAGCAGCAGCAGCAAGAGCUGCUGCUGCCGUUUGCUGCUGCAGCGCGGCUGCUGCUGGCCUUUGCCCAUGUGGACAUUCAUUCAGCCGCGGUGCUGCAGCCGCUGCAGCAGCAGCUGCAGCAGCUGCUGCAGCAGCUGCAGCAGCAGCAGCUGCAGCGGGAAGACGGCCUCGCGCUGGGCGCAGCAGCAGAAGCAGCCUUGCUGCUGCAGCAUCACCAGCAGCAGCAAGAAGGGAUGCAGUGGGCCCCUUUGCUGCUGGCUUUUGUGGAAAAGGCUGCUGCAUUUGCUGCUGCGCAGCCUGAGACCUUCUGGACGCGUCCUUCUAAUGCUCGGCUCCACAGGCAACUUCUUCUCUGCCGACUAGCGCUGCGCACUCUAGACCGCUCCCUGUAUGAACAGCUUGACCACAAUACUCGGAACAUCUUGCGGCAGCUGCAGCGCAUCGAAAUCACUCUGAGCCCGAGACCCCCAACAGUUUUCGUUAGAAAGUUGAGUGCUAUUCUGACCAAGCUGAGGAUCGCCCACCAACUCUACCCAAUGCGAGGGGUUCUUUGCUUCGACAUUCUAGAAAGAGACAGGAGACUCGCGUGGUGCUGCGACAGCGCAGAUCGUUUCUACGUGGGCACCAACAGCAAGACUGCAGCAGUCCGUCUACAAGAAAAGAUCGUGCGCGGCCUCGACAUUCGCAUAGCGAAUUGUGCCUAUUGGCAGUGGAGCAAAAUGAAGGCUAGAAGAACCCGCAUCGAGUUCGUUCGCAUGAGCCGCUACUACGCACUGCAAGACCGCCGAGAAAUCGACGUGGAGUUUGAGGGGUGGCUGCUGCCCCACGUGCAUCAUCCUCCCAACACAGGUAGGGCCUCGCCGCAACAGCAGAAACAGCAACAGCAGCAGCAACAGCAGCAGCAACAACAGCAGCAACAGCAGCAGCAACAGCAGCAGUAA